UUUAGUGUUUACAUUCAAUAGUUGUUAUUACCUGUAUGUUAUUUUAAGUUCGUCUCAUUUAUGGACACAGUUUAAAAUAUUAACUAGGUAGCAUUGUUAUUGCCGGGAUAAUGUCUGUCAAGAGGAUAAUGAAGGAAUGGUGUCAUUCCAUUCUCGAACCUAUGGAAGGAAUAUCAGCAGGACCAUUUGGAGAAGAUUGUUAUCAGUGGGAAGCAGUCAUUUUUGGCCCAAUUAACACUUCUUUUGAAGGAGGCAUAUUUAGACUGAAAAUAACGUUCCCACGUGAUUAUCCGUUUAAACCUCCAAAAGUGGUGUUUGUAACAAAGAUGUAUCACCCUAAUAUCGACGGAUACGGUCAAAUCAACAUUGAUGUGUUACGUGACAGCUGGACCCCUGGCCUAACAAUUAUUAAAGUGCUACUUGCUAUACGACUAAUGCUGGACGAUCCCAAUCCAGAUGACCCACUUGUGGCCGAAAUCGCGAUUGUUCUCAAACGUGACAGAUCUAAAUACGAAGCAACUGUAAAGGAAUACACUAGGUUGUAUGCUAAGUGAUGAUUCUCAAACGUGACAGGUCUAAAUACGAAGCAACUGCAAAGGAAUACACUAGGUUAUAUGCUAAGUGAUGGUUCUCAAACGUGAUUCUCAAACGUGACAAGUCUAAAUAUGAAGCAACUGUAAAGGAAUACACUAGGUUAUAUGCUAAGUGAUGGUGACAGACAGACCUACGUACGAAACACCUGUAAAUGAGUAGUCUAGGCUGUAUGCUAAGUGAUGAUUCUCAAACGUGACUGAUCUAAUCACGAAGAAAGUGUAAACGAAUAUCUAGGUUAUAUUUUAAGAGACCACAGCCAAACCACCACUAUUCCUGUUGACGGCCAGCCUGAACAGCAGCAGCAGCAGCAGCAGCAACAUUGUGGGAGAUACGAUAAAGAAUUGUGCUGAUACUAGCGGCAUUAACGUAUCCAUGCACUAGGGACGAAAAAUAAAGUUUGAAAGAUUGAA